GAUUCAAGUGGUCGUGGUCGAACGACAUCAAGCCAAAUACUUUGUGGUUUAAGUAUUUGUAUUUAAUGGUACGGUGUUACCCGCUGCGUAAAUUGUUCGCUGUCAUCUUAAAGGCGAACCAAUGAAUGUGUCAAUGUCAUGAACGUGUUUACUCUUUUCAAAUAAUAAACAAUACAAAGAUUCGACUGUUGUUUCUUUUGAGCACAUCAACACCCAAAAGUUACUAUAGAAACCAAUUCGCAAACAUUUAUCGAUACAAAAUUUUACGCGCACACAACUAUUUUCGACCGCUUUCGCCCUAUAUUCACAGCAAACUGUCAAUCAUCAGUAAAACUAUCCAAUUGGUGUAAUUCAGCUCAUGACAGCCAUUUACCUGUUACCAUGACCACGUUGAAUAUAUAUUUUGCAGGAUUUAACGGUUUUGGACAGUUGAAAAAUCUACCCAAAGUCGUCACAUCGCUUGAAGAACUAAAAUUGGACUCAUUGACAGCGACGAAAAAAACACUUAUAAAAUGUUUGUGGAAUUAUUGUGCGUACGCAAACGGUAGUGAUGUAUAUAUUUGCGGUUUUUUGAAUGGGGAAACUUUUCAGGAAAGACGUUUUCCGUUUGAAUAUCCAAUCCAAGAUGUUGCUUGCACGGACCGAUUUUGCCUUGUUCUGCUCAGUAUUGGCACUGUGUAUAAGAUCGAUUGUCAAACAUUUAAAGUGACUGAAAUUAAUUCGACGAUAAUACAACGAUCAUCGCACAGCAAUGAGAUGAGCACAAGCAAAAUAUUUGGCAAAUUCAGCGCACAACUGGAAAAUGAUCUGAAUGAAAGCAAAGACGAAUUUAUCACACAUAUCACGGCCGGACGAUCACUUUCCGUUGUUAUAACUAAUAAAAAUAAUGUCUACAAUAUGCCGUUGAAGAUUUACACAUUUCCAGCGCAUGUUAAAAUCAAAAAAGUGUGCUGUGGAAAUGAGCACUGCCUCAUUUUAACCACCAAUGGAGAUCUGUAUGCCUUCGGUAGUUCUUCACGUGGUCAACUCGGUUUGGGUGGCCUGGAAUCAGAAGAUGAGCCGGUUUUGAUCGAAGCAUUGGCAGGAAUAAAAGUAAUCGAUGUGGCGACUGGAGGCUGGCAUAGUGUAGCUGUAUCAGCAUUUAACGACUUAUAUGUCUGGGGAUGGAAUGUGAAUGGUCAGCUUGGUUUACCAUUGUUCCAAACAUUCGAAGCAAUGCAACCGAAUGGAGAGAGAAGAGUUGAACGUCAAAAAUGUUCGACGGUAUUUGCUUCGCCAGUGAUUGUUGAUUUGCCGAAGGAAAGUUCUGAAUCCAUCGACAAUGACAGCAUUUCAGAGAAUCAGUACCACCCAGUUGCGGUGAGUGCAGGCACUCGGCACACCAUUGUCAAGAUUGAUGACGGCUCGCUAAUGGCAAGCGGCUGGAAUAAAUACGGCCAACUUGCAAAUGACAAACUUGAUGCUGACUGUGAUCAAUUCCAUAUUAUCAACACUAAUGUAUCAAAGGCUGAUGAAGUUAUCUGCGGUGAUUGGUCGACAUUUGUUAUUUCAAAGGAUUAAUAACGAAGAUAAUGUCACAAUCGAAACAAACUAGUCAAUAAAAAGGAAAUUGGAAAUGAAGUGGGAUUGAAAGAUCUCACAAUUUAA